AAUUCUGCCAUAAAAUUCCGUGAAAAGCCAAAUCUUGAAUAUGAUGAUAUCCACAAGAGAAUGAAGAAGUGAACGGAACAGUAUUGUAUCAAGAAGAAGAAUAAGAAUUGAGAAAUAUGGAGAAGUACUUGAGAGAGAACUUCGACGUUGAGGCUAAGAGACCUUCUGAAGAAGCUCUAAGGCGAUGGAGAAAUGCUGUUUCUGUCGUCAAGAAUCCUCGUAGAAGGUUUCGUAUGGUUGCAGAUCUUGCCAAACGUGCCGAAGCCGAAAGAAAACGUAAAAAGCUUCAGGAAAAGAUACGAGUUGCUCUUUACGUGAAAAAGGCUGCAUUGCAUUUCAUUGAUGCUGCUAAUCUAGUUGAGUACAAGCUAUCAAAGGAUGUAAGGCAAGCUGGUUUUGGAAUUGACCCAGAUCAACUAGCUUCCAUAGUUAGAUCCCAUGAUUCCAAGGCCUUAGCAUUGCAUGGAGGAGUUGAAGGAUUGGCUAGACAUGUAUCUGUCUCUUUAAAUGAUGGAAUUUCCACAAAUGAUAUCUCUAUCAGGAAAAACAUAUUUGGCCUUAACCAAUAUGCUGUGAAACCUUCUAGGUCUUUCUGGAUGUUCGUUUGGGAAGCUUUGCAUGACCUAACACUAAUCAUACUCAUGGUUUGUGCUGCCAUUUCUAUAGGUGUUGGUAUUGCCACUGAAGGGUGGCCUAAAGGUAUGUAUGAUGGGCUUGGAAUAAUACUUUGCAUUAUUUUAGUAGUAAUUGUCACUGCAGUUAGCGAUUACAAGCAAUCAUUGCAAUUUAAGGUAUUGGAUAAGGAGAAGAAGAACGUAAUUGUUCAGGUAACUAGAGAAGGUUGCAGACAGAAAGUUUCUGUAUAUGAUUUAGUGGUUGGUGAUAUUGUUAAUCUAGCUAUUGGAGAUUUAGUUCCUGCUGAUGGUGUUCUUAUAGUAGGCCACAGCUUAUCAGUAGAUGAAUCAAGUUUAUCGGGUGAGAGCGAGCCGGUGGAUGUUAAUAACAAGAGGCCUUUUCUGCUAUCAGGAACAAAAGUGCAAGAUGGGUCUGGUAAAAUGCUUGUCACAGCAGUUGGUAUGAGAACAGAAUGGGGUAGAUUGAUGGUUACGCUCAGUGAAACAGGAGAAGAUGAGACACCAUUGCAAGUGAAGCUAAAUGGAGUUGCAACAAUUAUUGGGAAAAUUGGUUUAGCUUUUGCAAUAAUGACGUUUUUGGUUUUAAUGGGAAGGUUUUUAAUGACUAAGGCACGAAAUAACGAAAUCAUGAAAUGGUCUGCGAGUGAUGCAUUGACUGUUCUGAAUUUCUUUGCUAUUGCAGUUACUAUAAUUGUUGUUGCAGUUCCUGAGGGACUUCCUUUAGCAGUGACAUUAAGUCUUGCAUUUGCAAUGAAGCAAUUGAUGAAAGACAGAGCUUUAGUGAGGCAUUUAUCUGCAUGUGAAACAAUGGGUUCUGCUACUUGCAUCUGUACUGAUAAAACUGGGACACUGACCACAAAUCAUAUGGUAGUGAACAAAAUAUGGAUAUGUGAAGAAACGAAAACAGUAAAAAGCGAUGACAUAUUGUCCUCUAUCUCCAAAGAUGUGGCAAGAAUCCUUUUGCAGUCUAUAUUUAAGAAUACUGCCUCAGAGAUAACGAAAGGGAAAGACGGGAAGACUAAUAUUAUGGGGACCCCAACAGAGACAGCAAUUUUAGAGUUUGGAUUGCAAUUAGGGGGUGACAUUAAAAUACAUAGCAAGGAUUCUGAGGUAGUGAAAGUUGAGCCAUUCAAUUCAGUCAAGAAAAAGAUGUCUGUGCUUGUUUCUCUACCUAAUAAUCGUGGGUUUCAAGCAUUUUGCAAAGGAGCUUCUGAAAUUGUACUGGAAAUGUGUGACAAGAUAAUCGCUAAGGAUGGCAAGCCAGUUGGAAUGUCGCAAGAGAAGAAAAGUAAAAUCACACGUGUUAUAGAUGAUUUUGCCUGUCAAGCCCUGCGAACUCUAUGUCUGGCUUACAAAGAUGUAGAAAACAUUUCUAAAGAAGAUUGCAUUCCUCAAGAGAACUAUACAUUAGUGGCUGUUUUUGGAAUUAAGGAUCCAGUAAGACCUGGUGUAAAGGAGGCUGUCAAGACUUGUUUAGCCGCAGGGAUUAAUGUUCGUAUGGUUACUGGAGACAAUAUCAAUACAGCAAAAGCCAUAGCUAGGGAAUGUGGCAUAUUAACACACGAUGGCUUAGCAAUUGAGGGACCGGAUUUUCGUGGUAAAAGCCCACGGGAGAUGAAGGAGAUAAUACCAAAACUUCAGGUUAUGGCACGCUCAUCGCCUUUAGACAAGCAUAAAUUGGUAACCCAAUUGAGGAAUGUCUUUAAAGAAGUUGUGGCAGUGACUGGUGAUGGGACUAACGAUGCUCCAGCUUUGGCUGAGGCAGACAUUGGGCUUGCCAUGGGAAUAGCAGGAACUGAGGUUGCAAAAGAAAAUGCCGAUGUUAUAAUAAUGGAUGACAAUUUUACAACCAUAGUCAAUGUGGGAAGAUGGGGAAGAUCAGUUUAUAUAAACAUCCAAAAGUUUGUACAGUUUCAGUUAACAGUCAAUGUGGUUGCUUUAAUGAUCAAUUUCAUUUCAGCAUGUGCAUCAGGUGAUGCUCCACUUACCACUGUCCAACUGCUAUGGGUGAAUUUGAUAAUGGACACUCUUGGUGCAUUGGCAUUAGCCACAGAACCUCCUAAUGAUGGGCUGAUGAAAAGACCUCCAAUAGGCCGAAAUGUAAAUUUCAUUACCAAGAUCAUGUGGAGGAAUAUUAUUGGACAAAGCAUCUACCAAAUCGUUGUGCUUGUGGUACUCCAAUUUCACGGGGAACGGCUUUUGAAACUCACAGGUUCAGAUGCCAGAGAAACACACAACACUUUCAUAUUUAAUACCUUUGUGUUCUGCCAGGUUUUCAACGAAAUAAACAGCCGGGACAUGGAGAAGAUAAAUGUUUUCCAGAGAGUGUUCGAUAGCUGGGUAUUCUUGGGGGUGAUAUUUUCUACAGUAGCUUUCCAAAUAAUAAUGGUGGAAUUGCUGGGAACAUUUGCUGAUACAGUGCCACUAAGCUGGGAGUUAUGGUUGGCCAGUGUAUUGAUUGGAGCUGCAAGCUUAGUUAUUGCUGUUGUUUUGAAGUGCAUUCCUGUUCAAAGCACCAAUGCUGACCAAAUCUCUGACCAUCAUCAUGUUUAUCAACCUCUUCCUAGUGGUCCUGAUAUGGCAUAAAAUGUUUUUUCCAUUUUAUUUUCUUUUAUUGAACAAUAGCAGAAUAUUCGUCAGUACCCUUCAAUUGUUCAAUUCUUUGCUUGGAAUAGGAAAGUUCUAAGGUUUACUUGCCUUUUCUUUUUUGCUUUUGCUAGCAUUUCACUUUUUGUGACUUUUUAAUUGUUGUAUUAUCAUUCAAGUCCAGGCUUAAGGCUAUAUUAGUUGGUCUUAAAUUGGGAGUGCCCAUUAGUCUAUUCACUACAACAAAGGAUAUCUAUGGAAGGUUUUUCUUUUUCCCUA